AUGAACUUUCCAAACGGUGCAAGUUUAGGUCGAAACUUUAAGUCGCCGACUCAGCACGUGCUCGUGAGAGCACAAAUACUUGCCGGCUGCAUUCUGUACAAGGCGCAGCUAUACAUAGCUCGCGUACUAUUAGUAGUACGCGAAGUGAGUACUAAUAGUACGCGCAACAAGUACCCCUCUAAACACGGCGUUUAG